AUGGAAAAUCUCGAAAUUUCAUGUCACCUCCUUAUAGAUUUAAUUGAUACAAAAAUUGUUCCAGCCAAUCAUAUUCUCAGAGUAAUAAGCUACGCAGGAAUGAAGCGUAGAAAGAAGGUCCAAGUAUUUUUAAAAGCGUUUGAUAUUAUUUCUUCUAAAAUUGAUAAUAAAUUUUAUUAUGAUAUCAUGAACAAACAAUUUAUGAGGAUUCGGAAUUUUGAUGAUCAAUCAAAAUCCCACUAUUUCGAAAAUCUCGAGAAUAAUUACAUUUCAAAUAUAAUUGCUUUUGAUGAUCUUCAUAAAUUGCAAGAGAUAACUUCAUCCAGCAAUUUUGAUUGGCCGAAGAUAAACGAUAUGCUAGAUAUUGCAACGAAAUGGAAUUCGAUCAAUUGUUACCAUUUUUUGGUAUUAAAUUCGACUGAUUUCAUUCCAGAUAUAUUUUUAUCAGUUAUUGGCGGUAGUUUCGAACUUAUUAAAGCUGCAUUCACUAAAAGGAAUUCCAUAUCAAAGAAAGACUACAAAGAAGCAUUUAAACUUGCUGUUGAAUAUAAUAGAAAUGAUGUCGCUGAAUGGAUUUUGUCAAUUUAUAGAUUAUCUUUCAAAAACGUGACAGCUUAUUCAUCAUUAUAUAAUUUUUGCAACACAGAGAUAUGUUUACUUAUGAACAAACUCGGAAGGAUCAACGCCAAACAUGAAAACACAAUUAGAAAGCCUUUUGAAGAAUUUUCAAAUUAUUUUUCUUUGAUAAAUGAAAAAGAAUUAUUUGAAAAGUCCAUGAACUUACUAAAUAUAGACAUUUCUCAUGAAGAUAAACUAAUAGAAGUAGAAGAAGUAAAGAAAGUCAUCAACCAAAAAGAGAAAAUUGUUGCAAGAGAAAAAAUUCUUCAUUUCUUAGAAGAAAAUUUCCAAUUCAAAGAAAUUCAAGAUUUCACACCAGUUAUUUCUAGUUCUAUUCAUCAGAACUUUGACAUUUUGAAGAUUGCUGUUGAAAGAGGCUGUUCUGUUAAUACAACAUUUUGCUUACCACAGAAUAAAUUUUGUUAUUCGCCGCUUUCUUUCGCAAUCAAGAUGAAAAACAAAGAAAUUGCAAAAUAUCUUGUUGAAAAAGGUGCAAAUGUGACUUUUAUUCAGACUGAAGCAAAGUAUUAUAGAUAUCCAUAUAGAUCCGAUGAAACAGAGAUUAUAAGGAAUUAUGAUUUAUGCUCUUAUGCAAUCAAAAAUGGUUUGUAUGAAGUUGCUCUUGAAAUUCUUCAUAAAAAUUCUCCAAUUUAUAAAGAUAGCAAAGCUCCAAAUGUUUUGAUGUACGCGUGCAAGUAUGGACAUUUCGAUAUUGUUAAAGAGCUUCUAGAAAAAGGAAUGAAUGUGAAUGAACGAGUUGAGAAACAUCCUCAUGUUUUCAUUUCGCCUUUAAUGAUGUGUUGUAAAAGAGGAAACCUCGAAAUUGCAAAAUAUCUUGUUGAAAAAGGCGCAAACUGCAAUGACAUGUGUUCAACGAAGAAGAGAUUCCUAUAUUAUACACCAUUAAGUCUUUCUGUUCAAAGUAAGAACCUAGAUUUAGUUAAAUAUCUAAUAAAUAAUGGCGCAGAUUAUAAAGUCAUGAUACAAAAGAAAAAGUCACCAAAUGUAGACACAGUUUCUAUCUUAAAUAUUGCAGAAUCAAUUCAAGAUAAUUCUGAUAUGAUAGAUUAUCUAAAAUCAAUCAUUGGAGAAUAA